CCCAUGCAACUUAUAAAAAGUAAGCUACGCCCCAGUAUACUAUCGCCAAUAAUUCUCCCGACGCUGUAUGACAGAAUGUUCUCCCUUUAAUCAUAAUGAAUAUUCAGAAUGUGGAAAAAAUGUAUGCGGAUUAAUUUUUCAUAAUGACGAGAUUAAGAAAGUUUGAGAUUGUGUUGAGUAACAGACAGGUCGUAUAUUUUCCUGGACAAUGUGUACAAGGACAUCUUAUCGUAGAGUUAGACGAGGCCAUGGAAAUGCGAGGAAUAUUUUUGAGGUGCCAAGGAAAAGGUCAUGUACAGUGGAAAGCUGGAAAACAUCAUGUCACGGCAUCGGAAGACUAUCUUAAUGUGUGUUUAAAACUUUUUGGAAACGAUCCCCAGCAAGGUGAUCACGUCACACUGAAUGCCGGUAAUCACGCAUUUCCGUUUCAGAUUGUACUUCCGGUAAAUGCACCUGGAUCGUUCGAGGGUUUAGAAAAUUGUUUUGUUCGUUACUUUCUAAAGGCUACAAUUGACAGACCAUGGAAAUUUGAUAAACACUAUAAAAUGGUGUUUACAGUAGCGUCAGUACUAGAUUUGAACACUGUGUUGAACGCAGCUAUACGAGAUGAAGCCAGUGCCGCUUGUGUAGGCGUUAAAGAGUUGGAGCCUAGGACCGAAGUUAAGCAGGCACCUGCUCAAACCGAAGACGCUAAGACAGUGUGCUGCAUGUGCUGCGAAAGCGAUCCUGUUUCAGCCACGUUUCGGAUAGAUAAAAUCGGCUGUGUCCCCGGAGAGUCAAUUGUUUUUGAUGCAGAAAUCAAGGAUGGAACUGGACGUGGGAUCAAUUCAUCUGUAGUCAAAUUUAUUAUGUUGACUGUCUACAAGGCCUAUUCUGGAGCCGAGAGAGAGAUCAAAAGAGAAAUAGGUCGCUUACAUCAUGGAACUGUUAGCCCCGGGGGAUCAGACGUUUGGAGGAGGGAAAGGUUGCGAAUCCCGCCUGUACCCCCAUCAUUUUUGCCGAACUGUAACCUCAUCGAGAUUCACUAUAUAAUUGAGAUGGUAGUUGAUGUAGCAGACACUCCAUUUGAUCUUCAUCUUCCGCUGUCAGUCGUGAUAGGAACCAUCCCUUUACAGUCAGUAGUACAACAGAUUCGGCCGCAAGAACAGCCGGGAGCCAUAACAGAACAACCACAAGCGUCUGGUGCAUCAGGAUUUAGUGAAGAUAUACCUCCUCCUUCGUACAGAGAAUGUGUACUUGGAAGAGUGGACACAAUGGACGAAGAUGAGCAAUAUGCUGCUGGUGACAGGAACUUUGCACCGGCAUAUACUUAUUAUGACUUCGUGUAAUCUUCCUGGUGGAAUAAUGUCUCGCGUAAACAUAUGUCAUGUAUUCAAAUUCAUAUUAUUCUCAAACUUUAAGCAGCCUUCAGAAGCUUAAGAAGAAUACUGUCUUACUCUGAGUCAAAGUCACCUUGUUAGUAUUUAUAGUAGAUGUCUUUUUAAUACAUGUAUAUCCAUAAUAUACCACGCGUGUGUUCUAUCUGUCAUGUUUUACUUGGGACAGCCUACUUAGUUUCCAAACAUUUUAGAACUCUGUUCUCUUUUAUUCUUGAGUGCACAGAAUACUUAGAGGCAUGUCCAAGAACAACCGAAUUAUACCUUACAUGAACCUUUGCUGAAUCUCCAUGUAUUCCAAUUAUCUGUAGCUGUAUUAGUUAUUUCUGUGCUAUUGUCAAAUUAUCUGUUUGGUCCAAAAUCAUACCUCUAAAGGAUUAUUUUAUGAUAUUGUGAUUGAUCUGAAUUAAAAGUAUACAUGCACUUACUUUUGGGUUUACUAAGAACAUGUAAAGGUUAGUGAUACCAACACAACAUUCUAUGCGAAUUGCUUAUUACACACAAAGGGGAGUAACACAGAAUAUCGAAAAGCUGUAUGUGCUAAGCACAUUAGUCGAUUCUCAUCAUGUUAUAUCUAAUUGAUCAGUCAGAAUAUUGAGUGCAUGGUUCUAAAACAUUAGGAGAAAUGGGUUAAAACCAAGGACAAAUUUCCUAUAGAAACUUAUAUCAGUGUAGGUCUAUGUACAGAUGUCUGCAUCAGGGAAAUAAGACGCAUACAUACAUAAUAAACAUAAGAGAUUGUAUACCAAAUCCACAAUACCCUAAAGGUACAGGACUCUUUUCUGACCGGGAGCUGUUUCAAACAUACUUCAUGUACGAGUAGCUCAUCGGUCCUUAACAAAAAUGCCGGCUGCUGUUGGUUGUGCUAUCAUCGGUCCUGUAUCAUUCAGUCGCUGUUUACUUAGGAAAUGCGUUAAACAACAAGCAUGUUUAGUGUCUUCGCCAAGUAAUGCAGACGAAAAAUGAAUGUUUUCCCUUCCCAAAUCUCAAGUAGGAACACAUGUAAAAUUCGUUUUAUACUUCUGUAGUAUUUAUGAUGUGUAAUGUGCAAUAGAUAUGUAAAUACUUUGUGUUUAUAGUGUUUGUUUGUUACUAAUUAAUACAUACAUACAUGUGUACUUGAUAUAUAUCUGGUGUAUUUACGCUAGUUACAAAAGUAGUAAAUAUUGUAUGAUGUUUCUAGAAUUCACUAAAACGUAUUGUUCAUACAACUUUAUAAGAUAUCUAUAUAGACGUUACUUUUGUACAAAAUGCAUGCUGUACAUUUGCGAUACAUUUAAAGUUGAUUUCUUUCAAAGAAUUUGUAUAUCUAGAAUUUCAAUCGUACAUAUUUGAUAUCAGUUAUGUUUAUACUAGAAUACAUUACACUCUGAUAAAUUAUAGCUUUCUUUAAGUGUUAGAUUAAAAUAUCUUUCACCGAGUGAAUACCAGAGGCAAUGUUGUCACAUGAGGCGUAAUUGCAAGAACAGAUGUCAGAUCUGUUGUUCACUAGGGAAUGAUAGAUUUUCUUUUUAUUUCAUGUCUUUCCUCUAGCACCGUACAUUGAUAAAAUAUUUUUGAUAUUUUCCCCUGUGAAAUUACCAGAAAUUCUUUCAAACCCAUAUUUUAACAAUUCACUGAAGAAACACUGUUACAAAAAAGAUCUUACUAACAAAGAAGCUCGUGCUAACCAAAUGAGACCUCAUUGACGCUGCUUUCUUUAUCAAGGUGAAACGUGUUUCACAACAAAAACAGCUACAUGUAAAUGUUAGUUCCUUUUCUGUUAUUUAUUAUAUUUCUUUGGUUGUAUACAUCUCAUUUUUGUAUAAUGAUUGUAUACGUUUUUAAGUACCAUAAAUAAAUUUACUUGUUUUAUAGCGUA